AUGGAUAUGGGUGACCAAGAUAAAUUUGAAUUAGAGAAUAGGAAUGAGGAUCCUAUGAAUUAUUCACCUGGUUUGGCUCCAGACUGGCGAUUUGGGGGCUCCAAUCUCACAAAUACGUCUGUGGGUUUGGUUUCCACUGGAAAUUCUAUGGCAGUUAGUAAAGGGGAUCUUGUUGGUUCUUCUUCCCGGCCCUCUGCUUCAAUGGUGGACUCUUUUAACCCAACACUUUGGGAUCACCCAACCAAUUCACAGGACUUGGGAGGAUUUUGUGACAUCAACGGUCAGACCAGUGCAAGCACUUCAGACGCGAUAGGAAUUAGAAAAGGCAUUCCUGUCUCUUUGAGAAGUGGUAUUGAUAGACCCCUUGAGAUGUGUUGGAAUCCACCAAAUUCAAUGUUGAAAGGGGGAAUUUUCUUACCAAAUGGGCCUGGGAUGCUCCCACAGAGCUUGUCUCAGUUCCCGGCCGAUUCUGCCUUCAUUGAGCGUGCUGCGAGGUUCUCGUGCUUCAAUGGUGGGAGUUUUAGUGAUAUGCUCAACCCUUUUGGUGUUCCUGAAUCCAUAAGUCUUUAUUCUAGGGGUGGAGGAAUGAUGCACUGGACACAAGAAGUUGUAGCAGGUAACGGCUCCAAAGCGGUGUUGUGCGCUCAAUCUCAAAGGAAUGAGCUAAAUGGGGGUGAUGCUUCAAGAGAUGUUUCCUUGCCUAUUGAGCAUGGGACUACUGAAGGGAGCCCACUGAAGAAUGAGAAGAAAAGUGAGAGUCUUGUGAAAUCUCAUGAUGAAGCGAAACACACUGUUGGCGGGUCUGGUAAUGAGUCUGAUGAAGCGGAUUUCAGCGGUGGUGCUGGUCAAGAGGAGCCUUCUAUGUUGGAGGGUACAGGUGCAGAACCUUCUUCUAAGGGCUCUAAGAAAAGGAAAAGGAGUGGGCAGGCUAAGGAACUUGAUCAGGCCCAUGCACAGCAACCUGGUGAAUCAGCACAGGAUGCUUCUGAAAUUCAACAGAAGGGAGAGCAACACCCAGCGUCAACUACCAACAAGACUACCGGAAAACAGAGUAAACAAGGGUCUCAAGCGUCUGAUCCACCAAAAGAAGAAUAUAUUCACGUUAGAGCCCGAAGGGGCCAGGCAACAAAUAGUCAUAGUCUUGCAGAAAGAGUCAGAAGGGAGAAGAUCAGUGAGAGGAUGAAGUUUCUCCAAGAUCUUGUACCUGGAUGCAGCAAGGUAACUGGGAAGGCAGUGAUGCUGGACGAAAUCAUUAACUAUGUACAAUCAUUGCAACGACGGUUGAGUGUAAUGGUCUUUCCUUUUUUGUCGAUGAAGCUUGCAACAGUGAAUCCACGACUGGAUUUUAACAUUGAAGGCCUCCUUACAAAAGAUAUCCUUCAGUCACGGGUUGGACCUUCAUCUACGCUGGGGUUUUCUCCGGAUGUGCCUGUUGCAUAUCCUCAGCUACAUCCAUCUCAAUCAGGACUUAUCCAAGCUGGCCUCCCUGGAAUGGGGAGCCCUUCUGAUAUACUUCGGAGAGCCAUGAGUUCCCAAAUGACACCAAUGACCGGAGGAUUCAAGGAGCCAUCUCAGCUACCCAAUGUGUGGGAGGAUGAGCUCCACAAUGUUGUCCAGAUGAGCUACGGAGCCAGUACUCCCACCGGUAGCCAAGAUGUGGAUGGAUCAGGGGACACCAGAUACCGUCGCAAUGUUUACUGCAAGCUUGACCAGUCAAAUGCGAGGCUUCUGGCUUAG